AACGCAAAACUAGAUAGUUCUCGUGAAACAUGACUGAGUAUCAGUUCGAUGUUGUAAUGAAAUUUUGCGUAAGGGUUGAUUAAAUUAUAAAAAUUUAUUAAUAUUACAGUUGAUCAAGUGUUUUGAAAUGAGCUCGAUACAUUUUGUCGUGCAUCCGCUGCCAGGCACUGACGAUCAGCUCAAUGAUAGACUCAAAGAAGUGGCGGAUAAAAUCAACAGAUAUGGCUAUGUUACACCACCAGCGUUUAGCGGACUCAAAUCAUCCGUUAGACGUAUUGUGGUUGGACCAUCUCAUAUAGCACUACUGAUGGACGACAAUAGAAUCUGUCGUGUUGCGUACACCGUUCUAUCAGAUCGUCUAGAUCUUAGUAAAAAUGAACCCAACAGAAAUUCUGGAAAGGGUCAUGGCGUUGGAAGUUCAAGCUCCGGACCAAGUGGCUCAGGAGGUGGAGGCGGCGGUGGUGGUGGCAGUGGAGGUGGUGGCAACGGGAGCAGGACAAGUUUAUCACGAUCACGAGCGCGAAUAAUGCGUAGCAGUUCAGCAAUACGUGGUGGAAGUGCUGGUGGUAGCGGUUCAAGUGGAAGAAUCGGACCACCUGGUGUCAUCAUGGGAGGUGGUACAAGUACGGGGGGUGGUAACAGUGGUGGUGGUAGUAGCAAUAGUUCAAGACCAAUUGUGUCAGUACCAGCCCCCUUCGUUCCUGAGGAUUUAAUAUCACAGGCACAAGUUGUGCUCCAGGGAAAAAGUCGUAAUCUGAUAAUACGUGAAUUGCAACGCACCAAUCUCGAUGUUAAUCUUGCGGUAAACAAUUUAUUAUCACGUGAUGACGAGGAGGGUGACGAUGCUGAAGACGCAGCGGACAGCUACGUACCCGAGGAUUUAAUAUCGCUGUUGGAUGGUGGCUUCAGUAACGAGCAUUCAGUUAUCAUUGAUGCUGAUUCAAUGUUCUCAGAGGACGUUUUUGGUUACGGAGUGAUGAGAAGUCGUGGCAGUUCAUCGAGACGUCUCGGAGUGGAACGUGAUGGUCCACUCGAGAGGGGAUCUGGUGAGCGUGAUCGUGAACGUGAUAGUUUCAGCAGAUGGCGCGAUCGUCAGUACUACGGUCCACGAAGAUGGCUUGAAACUGCUCUCAAGGAUUGCUGGGAGAAAGAUCCAGAGAACAAGAAGAAGGAACUAGCAUCACAGAGCCCACUGUGGAUCUCAGAGGAACUCGAGUGGUGGCACGAACGCAGCAGUGAACCAGCACCAAAAUUCGUACAAAUUGCAGCACUCUACACUGAACUAAUUGCAAUAUCAUCAACUGGCCAACUCUAUCAAUGGAAAUGGGCUGAUUCUGAGCCCUACAGGAAUCUUGAUAAUCCAAAUGUUCAUCAUCCAAAGACAGCAUCCCUCGGUCUGACUGGUGAAAAAAUAGUCAAUAUAUCAGCAACAGCGAUACGUUGUUCAGUUAGCACUGAGAGUGGAAAAGUUGCAACAUGGUUGGACGAACUGCUUGGGCAUGUAUCAUCACGUUUGGAGCAUCCAGCACAAGCAUUUACUGAAUUUACACUCGAUAGAAUAGUAUCUCUACACACAUGCGCACUGUAUACUGUCGCCAAAUUGGAGAGUGGGACAUUAUAUUGGUGGGGAGUGUUGCCAUUCGCUCAGCGAAAAAAAUUGUGGGAAAAAUACAAAGCUAAAUCCCGAAAACAUCGGCCAUCGUCAUCAUCAUCAUCGAGUGUUGUUUCAGCAGUUGCUGCCGCUGCUGACAUCACCUACGGUACAUACGUUUGCAUGAAGAAUAGUCCAAUUUAUCAGCCAGGUGCUAUUGGCUUCACUAUUGCCAAUGGUGUACCCAAAGUUGGACAACUCUUGACGGCAGCAUGGAAUUUAGACUCGACGUGUCGAUUUAAAAUCCUACCAGCUAUACCAUCAAACAUCGAAAAACGUUCAGAUAUAGCGAGCAAUGCUGGUGCUACUACGACAACUACAACUGCAACAAUUAAUACAGCUGCUGGUAGUGGUACUAGCAGCAUUAACAAUCCUAAUCAGAACAACUGUAGCACCAACUCCAGUAGUAAUAAUAAAAACUACAAAGAGACUGCCGACAGACUUGAUAUGCCACCACCACCAUCGCCAGCUUCGAGCACCUGCAGUGACACUGGAAGUAUCGUUACCUCAGCACCGGGUAGCCAUAAACGACAGAAACGAAUGACACCACGAACUCAUGAUGAUACAGAAACUGAGAGAAAAGAUGAGGAGGAUUGGCACCUGAAGGACGUUGUCUUCGUUGAAGAUGUGAAAACUGUUCCCAUUGGAAAAGUCAUCAAAGUAGAUGGGUGCUAUGUUGCUGUUAAAUUCUUUGCAAAAGAUUCGAGAGAAGGAAAGGAGAAGGAUAAGGAUCUACUGAGAGAAAAGGAUUACACCAAUACAGUGUCGUCAGAUAUAAAGGAUUUGACUGCUGAAGAAUUGAUCAAACUCCUCGAUGAUUUUCGAUUACUGAGAAAAGAUGAGCUUCAAGUUGUUAAAUCAUCGGUUAAUUCCAGAGCUCCGGAUUGCUUCCAACGAACACCUCGAAGAGUCAACAUUGCAGAUGGUACGACAGAGAGUCUCCUAACUGUUUCCACUGAUGGCCAAGGAAUCCAUGCCAUUCUAAAGAACAGUAACAAUAAGCUCAGUUAUGUCGUAUAUAAUCUCAGCACUGGACGAUACGUGCAAGACUGCUACUUACCAUCUGAAAUUUCCUCAUUCAUGGGGCUUGAUUCCCAAAACAUAAGUUUAACUAGUGCAGGUGAAAAUUCCGACUGUUCAAUGCUCUUGCGUGAUGGGAAUAACACAAUUUAUCCAAUUGCUAAGGACUGUGCUGAUGCAAUUCGUGAUCCAAAUUGGUUGGAUCUCGUACCAGUUACGUGCAUCGGUGCAUCAACCAUUCCGAUUCCCAGUUGCUCAACUAUGCCAAGUAAUUCAAGUAAUCUGAAGAGUCAAGUAGCUGUUAUUGCAUUGGUCUUUGACAAUCUGUUGCUUAUGCCAAAGAUUCUCCGAUGCGAUUACGAUGGAGUGAAGCAAGUUCUCACAAAUCUUGAACACGAACAGCAGCAGAAAAAUAAUGCUACCCAGAGUCAAAUUCAAGCGAUCCUCCAAGAACGCUGCGAUGGAAAUAGAAACAUCCUUCUUGCCUGUGUGAGCAUGUGUUCACCCUCCUCCAAUAAGGACAAUGAUACAACCAAUAAUGGUGGAGGUGGUGUGGGUGGCAGUGGAGGUGUGGCAAGAGAAUUGGUGACAACUUGUCAAGUCGAUGGUAAUUCAACUCCAAUUGAGGAGCCAAUACCGCCACUAAGUUGGCCACCAGAGUUGGAUAAUACUUCGGGAGAAGAGGACAGCCUUUUGAGUAUUGGUGCAGCGAGUAUUUCCAUGAUGAACAAAGCAACAGUAGGAAAUACUGGGCCAACUGGCUCCAGUCCGAACAACACCAACAAUCCCAAUAAUGCAAAUAAUACAAACAACAGUUAUAUCACAGACUCAACUGAACGCAGGAACAAUGCUCUGUUAAUUCUAAAAUAUUUGUGCGAGAGUCCAGUACUAGCUCCACACAUCAAAGAACUAUUGACUGGCAAAGAUGCUCAAGGCCAGACACCACUCAUGCUCGCUGUGUCUGUUCGUGCUUAUCACGCAGCUUUAAUAAUUCUCGACACGAUCCAAAGAGCCAGCAAAGAUCCUAAGGAAUGUUCAUCUAUGAUUUUACCUGCCGACGCAAGUCCCGAUCUUUCGCCUCUGUUCGUCACAUGCUGCAAUGACACAUGUUCCUUCACGUGGACAGGCGCUGAUCAUAUCAAUCAAGAUAUUUUCGAAUGUCGCACGUGCGGACUGACUGGUUCACUCUGUUGUUGCACCGAGUGUGCUCGUGUUUGUCAUCGUGGUCAUGACUGUAAAUUGAAGAAAACAUCACCAACGGCCUACUGCGAUUGCUGGGAAAAGUGCAAAUGCAAGGCACUCAUUGCUGGACAUCAAGGGGCGCGUUAUGAUCUUCUAUGUCGGCUUGUCACCAGCACAGAUCUUGCUACCAAGAUUAAUUCCCGUGGGGAGAGUAUUCUCCUGUUCCUUGUUCAAACUGUCGGUAGACAAUCGGUUGAACAGAGGCAAUUCCGUUCAGGUCCUAGACAGCGUUCAACAUCAGCCAGCAGGAAGACACCAUCCUCCGAUGGUUUAGGUGGAGCUGAUUCAGAGAUGCCAGAUCACGAUCUAGAACCACCGAGAUUCAGUAGAAGAGCUCUGGUGAGACUCCUCAAUGACUGGCCUGCAGUUCAAUGUAUGAUUAUGUCUGGGGUUUCUGAUAACUCUCAGCAAGAUCAACUCUUUGGAGACGGAGCAUUCUCAUCAGCAUCACGCCAGAGUGGCACUGCUCUCCUUGACAAAUUCACUCACACACUCUUAGUGAAAAGUACAUCUGAAAUGUUGGACACGUUAUUAACAACGCUGAUUCGAGAACUAGAGAAUGAUUCGAUUCCGGGACGUCAAGAGGAAGCUAACAUCGUUGCACGCAGAUUCGUACGUUCUGUCGCAAGGAUUUUCGUGAUAUUCACCAUAGAAAUGGCACCAAACACUACGAAAAAUCGUAGAAGCGCAACCCAAGCUACUCCACCCCUAAUUAAAUGCCGGACAGUUUUCAGGGCUCUAAUUAAAUUAGCUGUUGAAGAGCUCUGUGAAACUGCUGACUCGUUGAUUGCCCCAGUGAGACUGGGCGUUGCAAGGCCAACAGCACCCUUCACAUUGACAAGUUCAGCGAUUGAAGUGAUAAAUGGCUCAGAAGAACUAUUCUCCAUCGAACCACUGAUACCCCACAGUGCACAGAGCCUCGAUCCAACGCUCGAUGCAGCUCAUGUUCAGGCUAAUGUGGUAGCCAAUAAUAAUGUUGGGGAUCGUGCUGUUAUGGACGAAGGAUCUGACGGUCCAAGUGGGGUUGUCAUUGAUGGCAGCAGAGAUGGAGGAGAGCCUAUGGAUCUGGAUGGUGAUAUCAGUGAGCACGAAGUACCCCCGAAUCAAGUGACACUUGGAGAGGUUGAUAGAAAUGGAAUUGGGCGUGUUGAACGCGUCGGUGGUAUUGCUGGAAGUGAAUCAGACACAGAACUGGAUCUCCUUGCUGAGGCAGAAACAGAAUCGGAUUCAGAUGAUAAUCACAGCAAUCAGGAUGCUGCCUCGGCGCAGAGGAGCGUUCAAACCGGCGCGACAGCUGGAUCUGAUGGUGGUAUGGGAUCAAUUCUGCUCUUCCCUGAGGAUGAAUCCGGUGAAUCGAGUCAGCAGGAGGAUGAUGAGAGUGAGGCUGGGGAAACCGAUGAACAAGAUACCGAGGAAUUUCCGAUUGGUGAUGAACAGCUGGAGAGAAGGAGUGGAUCUUCGGCACAUUUACAUCGAAAUAAUCUAGCGCCAGUGUCCAUGCAGUGGGCAAUCAGAAAUCGUGAAUCAAAUCCUCGUACUGCUGGACUCAGAGUCUCAGGUGGAAGCAAUAUGAUUUUCAUUGAUCCUUCGUCAUUGAGACGAUCAACUGCCACCUCCGCCGUUGCUGCUGCACAGGAACCCAUCACUAUGGGGACAACUGCAAGCUGUCUCGCUCGAGCUUUUGGAAUUGUCAUCAGGAUGAUUGCUGAUUUAUUGACGAUGAUAUCUAAUUACAAAAUGAAUGCACCUGCUUUACCGAGACUCAUGGAAGUUACAUAUCAAGAUGCUGCGAGCUUACAGAUGUAUCUUGAGGGGCAUUUAAAGCCAACCUGGGACUGGCUCAUGGUAGUGAUGGACGCAACUGAGGCUCAAUUACGUUUUGGCGUAUCGCUAACUCAAAGUGCUGAUCCGACUCAUCCAGAGCAUCCACUCAACAAUGCAUCCUCAGUAUCAGGUGGUAACUUUAAUGGGUUACUCAACUCUGCGGCUUUGUCACUAACAUUACAGGGAAACACAGGUCGAAAUCAACGCAGUGGUAUUACCUCCGCCUCCAAUAUAACAACGACUCAAGGCUCGACGAGGCUCUCGGUUGGCUUUACAGGAGUUGGCGAGGCUCCUAGGAAUACAAGAGAGCGUGAAGGAGGCGAUGCACACUGGGCCCGACGUGAGUUCCUGUCCUACUGUUUGUCCUUGAUGCGAGCUCAUAACGGAGAACACAGAGACAGCCUACCAGUCCUGGAUGUGUCAGCGCUGCGACAUGUGGCGUACGUUUUCGACGCCCUUGUUUACUACAUGCGAUCUCUCAACGAACCUUUGGGCACAUCCCGCUGUGAUAAUCAGAAGGAAAAUGCUGUGCAUUCGUAUUCUACGUGGAACGAUCAGGAUGAAAAUGACAAUGAAGAAGGGGACGAGGAUACUCUCCACGGUAACAACGCAAUGGAAACCGACUCAGUGGAUUAUCCCGACUUGCUUCAAGUACCAACUUGUGGUUCUGGAAAUUCCAUCAAUUCAGGAACAGGGAGAGGUAGAAAGCAUCCAUUCCUGCAGAGAUCAGAUUCAACUCUAUGUCUAGGAUGUCCCCCAUUGGAUCCAUUCGAAGCGAAUAUAAGUGAGGCUCUACCCCUGGCUGAUCAACCGCAUUUACUACAACCCCACUCGAGACGAGAGGAUCUCUUCGGUGUACCUAGACAAGCUCUCGCCGGUGGUUCGGGAACAAGUCAAAAUCCAUUCGAAGGACUCCCAACUAGAUUAGGCCUCUCAACACGUACGGCUGAUAAUUCAGCGACAUUUGGUCAAGUGAUGCAGCAAGGUCCGAGUGCAAGCGCCACAGCUUCAUCGUCAUCAAGCGAGAUACCACGAAGAAGUCCCACCAGUGAGCCAGGAUGCAGCAGACAAGUUCCACCCUCAGAUAAACAGAAAUUGUACUAUCCUCUGAAUGACAAUCACAUGAUGAUGAAUGAACAAAUUGACAGAGCACCAAUUAUUGUCUCUCCAGGUAAUCAAACUGAUAUGGCAUCUAAGCAAGUGAAGAGUGAUUGCAAAGAUUUAUCGAAAACUGGUAGAAGUGUUAUUGUGAGAGCUGGGGCUGCUGCAGAAACUAAAGCACCAGAAGUACUGGUUGUCCCCGUGACUGAGACCCAGGCAGAUAAUGCAGAUGAAGUAGAUCCAGCAACAACUAGUCAAGAGAUAUCAGCCCAUGAGACAGUUGAAACGAGCCCCCUUGAAUCUACAAGACUAUCGGCAAAUCCAGUUAGCACCAUUGGAUCCAAUAUAUCCCACAACAUUCUCCUCGGACGCUGGCGAUUGUCACUCGACCUAUUUGGUCGUGUUUUUAUGGAAGACGUUGGGCUUGAAGCUGGAUCAGUCGUAUCAGAAUUGGGGGGUUUUCCCGUUAAGGAGGCAAAAUUUCGUCGGGACAUGGAGAAGCUGAGGAAUUCACAGCAGAAAGAUAUAGCACUUUCCAAGAUUGAGCGUGAUCGUACACAAUUGCUGGUGCAAACGAUGAAAGAAUUGAAUACCCAGUACAAUCUUUACAACAGGCGAGCAUCAAAUACCCCACCAUUGGCAGUUAAUCGAGUGAAAGUAACAUUCAAAGAUGAGCCUGGUGAGGGCUCGGGUGUCGCAAGAAGUUUCUAUACUGCUAUUGCUAAUGCCUUACUUGCUAACGACAAACUGCCAAAUCUCGAAGCAGCCCAGGUUGGCUCCAAGUACUCGCAAUACAAUGUUCUCCAAAAAUUGAAAAGAGAUCGAGAUCGCGAUUUUCGCCGGCAAAAUCCACGAGCAUCAGCGAAGUACCGAGAGACACGACGAGCAUUAUCAUUUGAGGCUCGCUCUUUCCAUCCGUCAACAACACUUGCUGAUGGUGCCAGUGGUAGUGGUGGUAGCAGCACCAGUGCUUCAUCAACUGGUGGAUCUUCAUCAAGCAAUCAUACACUGCCAGCUGGUGGAAGUCACGGUAAUCAUAAUCUAUCGAACAAUGAACAUUUAACAACGCAUCAGCAAAAUCUUGGUGAUCGAUUGUACCCUAAAGUACAUGCAUUGAGACCAGCAUUCUCUGAAAAAAUAACUGGAAUGCUGUUGGAAUUGACACCAGCGCAGUUAUUGAUGCUUCUGGCGUCUGAGGAAGCGUUACAACAGAAAGUCGAUGAGGCUUAUGAAUUGUUACACAAUCAUAUUCAAGAUGUCACGAGUGAGGCACUGUUGGAUCUUGAUGUUUUUAGUUUAACUGAACGAUGUGCUAGUAAUAAUAAGAAAAAAAUUGUUGAUAAUACAAUACUUGAUGACGUUGAGGACAACGCCCCAUUAUUUUAUGCACCUGGUAAACGUGGCUUUUAUACACCAAGACAGGGACGAGCAAGUUAUGAACGAUUGAACGCAUUCAGAAAUGUUGGAAGACUUAUAGGGCUUUGUCUAUUACAAAAUGAAUUAUGCCCUAUAUUCCUCAAUCGCCAUGUUAUUAAAUAUAUUUUAUCAAGGCCCAUACGUUUCCACGAUUUGGCAUUUUUCGAUUCUGUUAUUUAUGAGAGUCUUCGACAAUUGGUCAUCGAUGCUGAGACUAAGGACAGCAACAGUCUCUUCUCAACUCUCGAUCUUACAUUCAGUAUUGAUCUCUGUCCUGAGGAGGGUGGAGGUUCUAUUGAACUUGUACCAAAUGGCCGUGACGUCGAGGUUACUGCUACUAAUGUUUACGACUAUGUACGAAGAUAUGCUGAAGUCAGGAUGAUCAAAGCACAAGAGAAGGCACUUGAAGCAAUGCGAGAAGGUGUAUUCGAUGUACUACCGGAGGGUGCACUUGACGGCCUAACGUCUGAGGAUUUCAGGUUGUUGCUUAAUGGAGUUGGGGAUAUCAAUGUCUCGGUUCUUAUAUCAUAUACAUCGUUCAAUGAUGAGUCUGGAGAAUCUAUGGAGAGACUCGUUAAAUUCAAGAGGUGGUUGUGGUCAAUCGUCGAGAAAAUGACUCAAUUCGAGCGUCAAGACUUGGUUUACUUCUGGACAGGCUCGCCAGCUCUACCUGCUAGCGAGGAUGGUUUUCAACCAAUGCCAAGUGUCACUAUCAGACCGGCCGACGACGCGCAUUUACCAACGGCAAACACGUGCAUCUCACGUCUCUACGUUCCAUUGUACAGUUCACGCCACGUACUUCGUCACAAGAUACUACUUGCUAUAAAAACUAAGAACUUUGGAUUCGUAUGAAGUGUCAACUUGACUAACACGUGUAUGCUCGAAGUUUCAUCCCCUCACAGCCCACCAUCAUUCAAUUACGUCUCCUCGACCCCUCUUCAGUCCCAACUCCCCCCAUGCCCCUCUUUGAGACCGAUCGUGCAUGCACGUGGUGGUUGCUGAUUUAUCCGUAAUUGAUAUAUAAGGAAUGAAAUGAAAAGUUGUAUGUUGUUAUUUUUCUUUUUCCUUCCUACAUAAAAAAAAACAAAAUGAAAAAAAUAUUUAAAAAAGCAAAUUUAUAACAUUUAUAAAUUUAUAUGGUGUAAUUAUGAUUUUUUUUCCUUUUUAAAUGAAGUGGUCUUCAAUUGUAAUAAGGUUUUUGUGUUAAAGUGUCAUAUUUAGCUCUUAUAGUACCCGAAAUGAAAUCGUGGAUAAAUAAAACUAAAUUUAACAAAUGAAUUGAAAAUCAAUUGAUAUUAAUUGCAAACACAACUUUUAAAUGAAAAAUCGAAAGAAAAAUGUAUGCUUUCUUAGAUAUACAUAUAUCGAAAUUAUGUAUCAUAAUAGUAUCCGUAAUAACUUCAUUCUCGAAGAAAUUAAUGGAAUGACGAAUUAUCACGUGCUCCCAAUCCCAAAAUUCCACAACUUGAGAAUAGAGAAAUAGUAAACGACCAAGAGUA